AUGGAUAUGCACUGCAAGGCAGACCCCUUCUCCGCGAUGCACCCAGGGCACGGGGGCGUCAACCAGCUCGGGGGGGUGUUUGUGAACGGCAGGCCCCUGCCUGAUGUGGUGAGGCAAAGGAUCGUGGAGCUGGCGCACCAGGGCGUGCGGCCCUGCGACAUCUCCCGGCAGCUGCGGGUCAGCCACGGCUGCGUCAGCAAGAUCCUCGGCAGGUACUACGAGACGGGGAGCAUCAAGCCCGGAGUGAUAGGAGGGUCCAAGCCGAAAGUGGCCACCCCCAAAGUAGUGGAUAAAAUCGCCGAAUACAAGCGGCAGAACCCGACCAUGUUCGCCUGGGAGAUCCGGGACCGGCUGCUGGCCGAAGGCAUCUGCGACAACGACACGGUGCCCAGCGUCUCCUCCAUCAACCGGAUCAUCCGGACCAAAGUGCAGCAGCCUUUCCACCCAACGCCAGAUGGGAGCGGCUCAGGAGUUACUGCACCUGGACAUACCAUAGUGCCCAGCACAGCCUCCCCUCCCGUCUCCAGCGCCUCCAAUGAUCCGGUGGGCUCGUACUCCAUUAACGGGAUUCUGGGGAUUCCUCGGUCGAAUGGCGAGAAGAGGAAACGUGACGAAGAAGUAUCCGAGGGCUCGGUCCCCAACGGCGAUUCCCAGAGCAGUGUGGAUAGUUUGCGGAAGCACCUUCGCGCCGACACUUUUACACAGCAGCAGCUGGAAGCUUUAGAUCGAGUCUUCGAGCGUCCUUCUUACCCUGAUGUCUUUCAGGCAUCAGAACACAUCAAAUCUGAGCAGGGUAAUGAGUACUCCCUCCCAGCUCUGACCCCUGGUCUUGAUGAAGUCAAGUCAAGCCUAUCCGCCUCUGCUAACCCAGACCUGGGGAACAACGUCUCAGGACCCCAGACAUACCCCGUAGUGACUGGUCGUGACAUGGCAAGCACCACCCUGCCUGGCUACCCACCCCACGUUCCACCCACCGGACAGGGCAGCUACCCCACCUCAACUCUGGCAGGAAUGGUGCCUGGGAGCGAGUUCUCAGGAAACCCCUACAGCCACCCUCAGUACACAACCUACAACGAGGCCUGGAGGUUCAGCAACCCUGCCUUGCUCAGUUCCCCUUAUUAUUAUAGUGCCACAUCCCGGGGCUCCGCACCUCCCACUGCUGCCGCUGCCUAUGACCGCCACUAG